AUGGGUGGCGGAGCUUCCACAGGGACAAACAACUCGCAAGUGGUGGAUCUCCGAGCGCUGAACCCAUCACCGUGUCCUUCGCGCGAGUCCCACUCGCCUCCGCGGUCUGGCUCUCGACAUCAUCUCGGCUUGCGCUCCGAGGAUGUACCGGCGACACAGAUCCUUGAUUUCCUGUACCUGGGGAGCGUAAAGGAUGCGCAAGAUGCUGCCUUCUUGGCAAAACAUCAAAUUCGCUAUAUACUCAACGUCUCGCAAGAGGAGUACUGGUCGGUCGAUAAGAAGGUGCAGAUCUUCACCUUCAAUGUGGACGACUCCGCCACGGCCGACAUCGCGGCGCUCUUUCAACCCACGCGCGAGCUCAUCAACAGCAUUCGCGCGCGCUACUACCGCUACGCAGGAAGCGAAAGCUCUACGCGGCCGGCGGUGCUGGUGCACUGUCAAAAAGGCCGCAGUCGCUCCGUGACGAUCGUGCUGGCGUACCUCAUCUACACGAACGGUUGGUCCGUGGCGGAGGCAAUGAAGUAUGUCGGUACGCGUCGACCCUGCGCGGAGCCGAACAUCGGCUUCAUGGAGGAGUUGCGGAAACUGCAGGAGAGCCUCUCCCCUGAGGAACGCACGAGGCGGUACAGCGAGCUUUGCUGGUUCAUGCGCAACCUGAGCGCGGAAACGGCGCAGUCGCAAGUACGGGAGCUAUUCGAGAAGCGCAUUGGCAUAGUGCGACAUGUCGUUACCUACGUCGUGGCCGGUAAUGAAGCUGGCAACGUUGGCGACGUUGGCACAACUGAAAACGCUGAUGGUGGUGUAGUGACAACGCAACAUAAUGCACGACUCUCCGCGUCUUUGCCGGCAACUCCGUCCCCUAGUGUCAUUGGUACCGCGGAGCCUCUGGUGCCUCCUGAUCUUGGGGUAACGCCGGGGAAGCAAGCGAGCGGUUUCAAUGAGCAGCGUGCAGCCACACAUACCGACUCACCCGCGUACAAAGACGCCCGUGACGCUGUGAGCCCGCUCCGCCGUCCGGGCACGGAGAAGACAAUGCUGUGCUUUGUCUUCUUCACCUGCCGCGAGGACGUGCUAAACGGGAUCAAGUCAGGGCAGUUUAAGCAACUGCUUCGCCAGCUCCACCCGGCAACAGGCAAGCAGAUCAAGUAUGCCACCGGGCCAAAGCUGAAGAAAAUGAUGGUGGAGCACCAGAGCAUAUCCGGUAGCUUUGUGCAAGAUGUGGCGAGAUUCCGCGGUCACGCCACCACCUCACCAGAUGACGAAUCAGAAGCGACUGGUGUCGACGGUGCACCCCAGGCAGAAGGAACGGUACCUACUACUAGCAAGGCGGCAGAGGAGACGCUGUCUGUGUGA